AUGGGAAGUGCCCUGCAUAGCAUCUUCACAGUCAUCGUGGCUGCAGAGUUCAUAUUUGGGAAUCUUAGCAAUGGAUUCAUAGUGCUGAUAAACUUCAUGGACUAUGUAUUGAAAAGAAAGCUUUCCUUAGGUGAUCAAAUCCUGGUAUUCUUGGCGCUUUCUAGAGUUGGUCUGAUCUGGGAAAUGUUCCUAAGUUGGUUGAAAGUGCUGAAGUAUUCAUUUUCAUUUAUGGUGGGAACAGAAUUAAGAGCUAUUAUUCUUUCCUGGGUUUUCUCCAAUCACUUCAGUCUCUGGCUUGCUACCAUCCUCAGCAUCUUUUAUUUGCUCAAAAUAGCCAGUUUCUCCAGGCCUGUUUUUCUCUAUCUGAAGUGGAGAGUAAAGAAAGUGCUUGUGAUGAUCCUUUUGGGAAACUUGGUCUUCUUGCUGUUCAAUGUAAUACAGAUGAACAAGUAUACGGAAGACUGGAUGCGUCAAUAUGAGACAAACACGACUUGGAAUGUCAAAGUAAGUGCCUUUGCAAGGUUUUCAGAGCUGGCCAUAUUCACGACGAUUGUGUUCUCCCUGGUACCAUUUACAGUGGCCCUGGUCUCUUUUCUCCUGCUAAUCUACUCCCUGUGGAUACAUCUCCAGAAGAUGAAGUUCAAUUCCAUAGGACACAGAGACCCCAGUACCAAGGCCCACAAGAGUGCCCUGAGAAUUAUCGUCUCAUUUCUGCUGCUCUAUGCCACCUACUUCAUGUCACUUUUUAUAUCAUGGCUCUCUAAAACCCAUCAGAAUAGAAUAGGCCACAUGCUUUGCCUGACUCUUGGGCUCUUCUACCCCUCAGGUCACUCAUUUAUCUUGAUGUUAGGAAAUCCUAAAUUAAGGCAGGCCUGUCUUUUGGUGCUAAGGAAGAUGAUGUAUUGGCUAAAACAUUAG